CAGCCGCUGAUCCACCGGUGUCAUGGCUUCCUAACAGGAGGAGGAACCGCCUGAGAGGAAAACAACGACCCGUGUUCAGCACCCGGCGGAUCCUGAUCGAUCUCCCCCGGACCCCGCGCUCGGGACAGAGGGGCCCGGCCUCCCUGCUCGCCCCCGCACGGCCGCUCCUGGGAUCCAGGACACACUUUUUAUAUCGUAUCGGUGAAUUUCCCUUCGUGGACCGCGGAAGAUGGCCGACCCGGCGGAGUGCACCAUCAAAGUGAUGUGUCGCUUUAGGCCCCUGAACAGCUCCGAGGUGACCAGAGGCGACCGGUUCAUCCCCAAGUUCCCGGGGGACGAGACCGUGGUGAUCGCGGGUAAACCCUACGCGUUCGACCGAGUGAUGGGAUCGAACACAUCACAGGAACAAGUGUACAACGCCUGCGCCCAGAAGAUUGUUAAAGAUGUUCUGGACGGAUACAAUGGAACUAUUUUUGCAUAUGGACAGACGUCAUCUGGUAAAACACACACCAUGGAGGGGAACCUCCAUGACACAGACGGGAUGGGCAUCAUCCCCAGGAUAGUUCAAGACAUUUUCAACUACAUCUAUUCCAUGGACGAAAACCUGGAGUUUCAUAUCAAAGUUUCAUAUUUUGAAAUCUACUUAGACAAGAUCCGGGACCUUUUGGAUGUGUCAAAGACCAAUUUGUCAGUGCAUGAAGACAAAAACAGAGUACCCUACGUCAAGGGCUGCACUGAGAGAUUUGUCUGUAGCCCGGAGGAGGUGAUGGACACAAUUGAUGAAGGCAAAUCUAACCGACAUGUAGCAGUGACAAACAUGAACGAGCACAGCUCCAGGAGUCACAGCAUCUUCCUGAUAAACGUCAAACAGGAGAACACUCAGACGGAGCACAAGCUCAGUGGCAAACUCUACCUGGUGGAUCUGGCUGGAAGUGAAAAGGUCAGUAAAACAGGAGCAGAAGGAGCCGUGCUGGAUGAAGCCAAGAACAUCAACAAGUCCCUGUCGUCCCUGGGAAACGUCAUUUCCGCUCUGGCUGAAGGAACGGCCUACAUCCCAUACCGAGACAGCAAGAUGACCCGUAUCCUGCAGGACUCGCUGGGCGGUAACUGUCGAACCACCAUUGUUAUCUGCGCCUCGCCCUCCUCCUAUAAUGAGAGCGAAACAAAAUCAACUCUCAUGUUUGGGCAAAGAGCAAAGACUAUCAAGAACACUGUGAUUGUGAACAUUGAGCUGACGGCAGAGCAGUGGAAGCAGAAGUAUGAGAGGGAAAAGGCAAAGAACCAGACCCUGAGGAGCACCGUCACCUGGCUGGAGAACGAGCUCAACCGCUGGAGGAAUGGCGAGAGUGUGCCAGUGGAGGAGCAGUUCGAUAAGGAGAAGGCCAACGCUGAGGUUCUGGCCCUGGACAACGUAAUCAACGACAAGCCGGCUUCCACGCCCACCGUGCCCGGGGUCCGCCUCACCGACGUGGAGAAGGACAAGUGUGAGGCUGAGCUGGCCAAGCUUUACAAACAGCUGGAUGAUAAGGAUGAGGAGAUCAACCAGCAGAGCCAGCUGGCUGAGAAGCUGAAGCAGCAGAUGCUGGACCAGGACGAGCUUCUGUCUUCCUCUCGCCGUGAUCAUGAGAACCUGCAGGCCGAGCUGAACCGCUUGCAGGCGGAGAACGAGGCCUCCAAGGAGGAGGUGAAGGAGGUGCUGCAGGCUCUGGAGGAGCUGGCUGUCAACUAUGACCAGAAGAGCCAGGAGGUGGAGGAUAAGACCAAGGAGUUUGAGGCCAUCAACGAAGAGCUCAGCCAGAAAUCGUCCAUCCUGUCAUCCCUGGACUCUGAGCUCCAGAAGCUGAAGGAGAUGUCCAACCACCAGAAGAAGAGGGUGACUGAGAUGAUGUCGUCAUUGCUCAAAGAUUUAGCGGAGAUCGGUAUCGCUGUGGGCAGCAACGACAUCAAGCAACACGAGGGCGGCAGCGGCCUGAUAGACGAGGAGUUCACAGUGGCUCGUCUCUACAUCAGUAAGAUGAAGAGUGAAGUGAAGACCAUGGUGAAACGCUGCAAGCAGCUGGAGAGCACUCAGUCAGAUAGCAACAUAAAGAUGGACGAGAAUGAGAAGGAGCUGGCCGUCUGCCAGUUGCGCAUCUCCCAGCAUGAGGCUAAAAUCAAGUCGCUGACCGAGUACCUGCAGAACGUGGAGCAGAAGAAGAGGCAGCUGGAGGAGAACGUGGACUCACUCAAUGAAGAAUUUGUCAAGCUCAGCGCUCAGGAGAAACUCAAUGCUAUGGAGAAAGAGAAUGAGAUCCAGUCAGCCAAUGAAGUCAAGGAAGCGGUGGACAAACAGAUCCACUCCCACCGUGAAGCUCACCAGAAACAGAUCAGCAGCCUGAGAGAUGAGCUGGAAAACAAAGAGAGACUGAUCACUGAGCUGCAGGAUCUGAACCAGAAGAUCAUGCUGGAACAGGAGAGGCUCCGAGCUGAACACGAGAAACUGAAGUCCACCGACCAGGAGAAGAGCCGCAAGCUGCAUGAGCUCACGGUGAUGCAGGACAGACGGGAGCAGGCAAGGCAGGACCUGAAGGGUCUGGAAGAGACAGUGGCCAAGGAGCUGCAGACUCUGCACAACCUGAGGAAACUCUUUGUCCAGGAUCUGGCCACUAGAGUGAAGAAGAGCGCUGAGAUGGACUCGGACGACACAGGUGGGAGUGCUGCACAGAAACAGAAAAUCUCCUUUCUUGAGAACAAUCUUGAGCAGCUCACCAAGGUUCACAAACAGCUGGUACGUGAUAAUGCAGACCUCCGCUGUGAGCUUCCGAAACUGGAAAAGCGUCUUCGUGCUACGGCUGAGCGGGUCAAGGCCCUUGAGUCUGCACUGAAGGAGGCCAAGGAGAACGCCGCCCGCGACCGCAAGCGCUACCAGCAGGAGGUGGACCGCAUCAAGGAGGCCGUUAGAGCCAAGAACAUGGCGAGGAGGGGACACUCUGCCCAGAUCGCCAAACCCAUCCGACCCGGGCAGCAGCCAGUGGCGUCUCCCACUCACCCCAACAUCAACCGCAGCGGAGGAAGCUUCUACCAGAACAGCCAGUCGGUGUCCAUCAGGGGAGGAGGCAGCGGGAAACCAGACAAGAACUGAAGAGCGGCGGGACAGAAGGACAAUACCACAGAAGAAGACAAUAUCACGCCCCUCGCUCACCCCUCGGUCAUUCCAUUACAGCGAACUGGCUCCUCGUCACUGCUGUGGAGCCAAGAAGGAGUUUCUGAAUUAUAAAUAUAUAUAUAUAAAUAUUCCUGGCCUGUACAGCUCCUGCCCCCCCCCCCCACCCUCCCUUUCCUCCCUCCCUCCCUCACCACCACCUCCCCCUACUUUCCCACCACGAUUCUUUUUCUCUUACUUGAUAUGAUAAAAAAGAGAACAGACGAGUUUUAAUUUACUAAAAGGUAAGAUAAUAUUCUUCUCAUCCACCGAAACCAAACGCAGUCUUGGGCGCAGCCAGCAGAGACAGAGAGAGAGAGAGAGCGGGCGAGCGAAACCACGUGCACGCGUCUCAAAAUGUGUCUCUUCGGUCUCGUGUUUUGAUUUGCACAGUCUGUUGUCAUCCGUCGUUGUAGUGCGAGUAGUUCUGCACUGUGCCAAGCUGAAUGUAACGGUAGCAUCACCUAAAAUAUAUAUAUAAAAAAAGGAGACCCUACCAAGAGAACUGGCUUGACCCUAUAGGCUAACCUCUGUACAUUUCAUCAUAACUGUUAUUGGUUGUUAACCACACUUUUUCUCUGGCUAGAUUUUACAUGCUUCUUUAAGGUAUAAAAAAAAAAAGACAAAAACCACCAAAAACAAAACCGUGCGGUCUUUGAAUUGACUAGAUGGCGUCGAGCACGACUGUUCUGUCCACAUGUUGUACAGAUGUAAAAUUGUCACUGCUGCACAAGCCUCCCUGGAGAGAGAACUGGACGAUCAUCUGGGAACGGCUGAAAAGAAGGAUUUAAAAAAAUAUAUGACUAAUGAUAAUUAAAAAAAACAAAUAAGCCAAGACGUGCGACAGUGUACUGUAGAUGUAUUUAACUAAAUACCUGUGGAGGCCAACUUGUUUUUAUCAUCAAGUUAAAAUGAAAAAACCUAUACUCGCUCUCGGUGGCUUCAUGAGAAGGAUUUAAAGAAUGUAGAAAAGAAAGAGGAGAAUGAUCCCAUUAACUGAAACUCCCACCUCCUAGGACGGCCUAUGCUACGUAGCUUAAUGUACUGUUUUUACUGCUGCAUAUUUAUAUCUCUGCACAUCGGAGCACAUAGACUGCAGGCGUGUGUAGACUGAGAUAACACACAAUGCUCGUCCUGUCCUCGCUGGGUCCCUGUCACUCACUCAUCUCCCUUCACUCUCCAUGUUUGUUUCACCAGUUUUUAAAAACAUGACCUAUCAGGAGCUGUUUGACACCUGCCGUAUCAUGAUGUCUUCUCAAGGGUGCCUCAUAUUUCAUUCUCUGUCUUCCCCUCACCACAAGAGGCGCGUGCGAUUCAAACGUGUUGUCUCUUCAUAGACCGUGGACCCGUCAACUGUGCGUGGCCCCUUUUGGUUGUACAUUUGCAGAAAGUACCGUGUGUUGCUGGGUUUAAUGUACUGUAUCUUUUCAUUGUUCAUAGAUCGUGUAGAUGCAUAUUCGAAAGGGGAGCGGGGGGGGCGUGUCAGUCAGUCAGUCUGUCAGUUAGUCGGUGAGUCGAUGGGACAGACCCGUGCCGCUGAUCAGCCAGUCAGGAGAGCAGGGUCUAUAAUUGCACAACAACUUUCUGUCAUAAUCUGGAGGAAGGGUUUAUUUAACUGAAUCUAGUUCGUCGGGGGUGUAGGAUUUAUUUUGUGUUCUGUCGUUUUUGUCGUGUUUUAUUUUUUUUAGUGUUCUUGAUAUUUUUUCGUUUUGAUUUCCAACACAGCUUUUAUCUUUUCCUUUGAAACCUCGUGAAGCUCCAGUGCAUUGGCGAAAACAUCUUGUCGUGAUUGUAACCCCCCUUCCCCCCCACCUCCCAGCAUGAGAACACUAACAUCUUGUGCAAGUGCAAUAUACUGUAAAAUACACUGUAUAUCAGUCAGACCGGCGGGUUGUGAUGAGGGUGUGUCAGCGGCGGUGAUCCUGACAUGGAAGUCAAAGUCCCGCCCCUCUUCUCCGCUGGCUCCACCCCCACUAGCUCCAAGUGUGAGGGCUCAUUUCAUUUGUCUUUCUCAAGCUGAAAACAGGAUUUAACAAUCAAUGAUAAAAUUCACGUUCUGGGCAACAAACUCUUAUGUAAGAUCAUAAACAUUUACUACCCAGUAUUUUAUUGUGUAUUUAAAUUGAGAUCAUGACUUUGUAAACAAACACAUUAAAGAAACCUUUUAUUGGAAAAAGGAUGUUUGUGGCUGAUCCAGCUGGAAAAGGGGGACGGGGGGACGGGAGUUGGUCUUUCUCUAGUGAGACGUCCGACUGAAACCUGUAGUCUCUCUGUAACAAGAGAGUUGGGUUUAAUAGCACUUCUUCAUGAUAUCUGCCCUCAGAGAAACACUCCACAUUGAAUAUUUAACUGGUUUCCAAAGUCCUGAAAGGGGAUAAAACUUUGUUGACAGCAGAUAAUUAAAAACGUAUUGAUAAUGACUCUGGAGAAGCUGCCCGGAGGAGGAGCUCCCACGGGACAGGACAGUGGUUGUUGUCUAUCCAGAUGCUUUUAUUCCCUCUGUAAAUCUAUUAGAUUUAGUAAAGCAGCAGCAGCAUGGACCUCAAAACCUUUAACCUUUGACCUCUCACCAAAACUUGCUAUCAAAUAUGGGGGGGGGGGAUUCGUAAAUAAAAGCAGCAGAGCAUAUUUGUGGUGUGUUGCUAAAUUAAAUUGAAUUUUGCAUUGAUUCUAAAUUUUAAAGAAACCAGACAAAAACAAAAGUGUAUCCGAUUCUUCUCUUUUUUUUUCUUUUUUUUAUUACUGUGUAAUAGUUGGUGAAUUUUUAAAGUUUUGAGGCUCCAUCAGUGGACAAGGUACUGGAUCAUUCCUGGAGAACUGGGGCACAAGUAGAAGGGCUCUGACAUGGACAGAGAUGGGAAGUUAAUGAGAUCACAGUUUUGGAUUGACUGCAUGAUGUAAAUGUAUGUGUGAUUAAAUAAUUAUGACAAAACUCU